AUGGGAAGAAGAAAGUGUUCACAUUGUGGUAAGAUGGGACAUAAUUGUAGGACAUGUACAUCCUUCACCACAAAACUUGUAGGACUUCGUCUCUUUGGUGUCCAACUAUCCUCAUUAUCAUCAUCAUCAUCAUCAUCUAAUACCAUCAUCAAGAAAAGCUUUAGCAUGGACAAUUUUCCUUCACCAACCUCUUCAUCUUCUUCAUUCUCUUCAUCAACCAUUCAUGAUAAUCAUCAUAACAAGAAAGGAGUUCCGUGGACAGAAGAAGAGCACAGAAUAUUUCUUGUUGGAUUAGAAAAGCUUGGAAAAGGAGAUUGGAGAGGUAUCUCUAAAGACUUCGUGAUUACAAGAACUCCUACACAAGUUGCAAGUCAUGCUCAAAAAUAUUUUCUCCGAUUAGCAUCUCUCAAUAAUAAGAAAAGACGUUCAAGUCUCUUUGACUUGAUUGGAAGCAAGAACACCAAGAGAGAAGUUGCAUCCCCUAGUGCUAAUCAGCCCUCUCUAGCUGGCCCAUUUCUUCUAGGCCCAAUUAGGGUCACUUAA